AUGGCAUUCACUUGCUGCAGUUGUACUUGUGCAGGUCCCAGACAGCCGUUCUGUCAGAAGUGCCAUCGUUCUCCUCCCCCAGUUUUGGGAGGGAGCCUGGGAAUACCCGUGUUCAAGGGCUGUGUGAUGGUAACUGAGGAACCAUAUGUCAAGGUAGUGCCCCAGGCUUUACACGAUGUGGAGGGAAGCCUUGGCAUUAUUCAUGGGAGCAGCGGCAUUCACAUACGCGCUGUGCGCGCUGAAGAAGAGACUGCAGAGUCCAAACAAAUUUGGCCAACGGUCAAUAAGCAGCAAGUGAAAGUCUGGAAUGCAGUUGGACGGAUGAACGCCGAAAGGAAACCAGUGCCGGGGGUUGCAACUGAUGACCCUGUGGAUGACCACCUUCAGAGCGCACAAAUUGGUGAAGGACAGAUCCUGAUGCUGACUGUUCUAAAAGAUUUAGCGGCAAGGGCAUUCCAAGGACGCUACUGCCAUGCUUGA